CGUGAAUGUAUCUCCAUCCAUGUUGGCCAGGCUGGUGUCCAGAUGGGCAAUGCUUGCUGGGAGCUGUACUGUUUGGAACAUGGGAUCCAGCCUGAUGGGCAGAUGCCCAGUGACAAGACCAUUGGAGGGGGUGAUGACUCCUUCAACACCUUCUUCAGUGAGACUGGUGCAGGAAAACACGUCCCACGUGCUGUCUUUGUUGACUUGGAGCCAACCGUGAUUGAUGAGAUUCGUAGUGGUACCUAUCGGCAGCUAUUUCACCCCGAGCAGCUCAUCACUGGGAAGGAAGAUGCUGCCAAUAACUAUGCCCGUGGGCACUACACCAUCGGAAAGGAGCUUAUUGACUUGGUCCUUGACAAGCUCCGUAAACUUGCUGACCAAUGCACGGGUCUCCAGGGUUUCCUCAUUUUCCACAGCUUUGGUGGAGGCACUGGCUCUGGGUUCACAUCCCUGCUGAUGGAACGUCUCUCUGUCGACUAUGGCAAGAAAUCCAAACUUGAAUUUGCCAUCUACCCAGCUCCUCAAAUCUCCACAGCUGUGGUGGAACCUUACAACUCUAUCCUGACGACACACACCACUCUCGAACACUCUGACUGUGCCUUCAUGGUGGACAAUGAAGCUAUCUACGAUAUCUGCCGCAGAAACCUGGACAUUGAACGCCCGACCUACACCAAUUUGAACCGACUGAUUGGUCAGAUUGUGUCCUCCAUCACAGUAUCCCUUCGCUUUGAUGGGGCUUUGAAUGUUGAUCUGACAGAGUUUCAGACCAAUUUAGUUCCCUAUCCACGUAUCCAUUUCCCUCUGGCUACUUAUGCCCCUGUAACCUCAUCUGAGAAAGCUUACCAUGAGCAGCUUUCUGUGGCUGAGAUCACCAAUGCCUGCUUUGAGCCAGCAAACCAGAUGGUCAAGUGUGACCCUCGCCACGGCAAGUACAUGGCUUGCUGCCUGCUCUACCGUGGUGAUGUGGUGCCAAAAGACGUCAAUGCUGCUAUUGCCACCAUUAAGACCAAACGCAGCAUCCAGUUUGUGGACUGGUGCCCAACUGGCUUCAAGGUUGGCAUCAACUACCAGCCCCCUACAGUGGUGCCUGGUGGGGACUUGGCCAAGGUGCAGCGAGCUGUGUGUAUGCUGAGCAACACCACGGCCAUCGCUGAAGCCUGGGCUCGACUAGACCACAAGUUUGAUCUGAUGUAUGCCAAGCGCGCCUUUGUGCAUUGGUACGUGGGUGAGGGGAUGGAGGAAGGGGAGUUCUCGGAGGCCCGUGAAGACAUGGCUGCCUUGGAGAAAGAUUACGAAGAGGUUGGCGCUGAUAGUGUUGAGGAUCAAGGUGAAGAAGAAGAAUAUUAGGAAAACUGAAAAGUGUUGGUUGAGAUCUGGUUGGGUGCAAAGUGACCUUUAAGAAGUCACGUACUUUCUUUCCUCCUCAAGUGGAAGUUGUGCUAUUAAUCCUCACAUUGUGCUACGUCUGUGGUAGGCUUGAAUAUUUACUUUGCAGCAAUUUAAAACAAAAUCUAGAACUCAGCAACUGGUAAAAGCUUACAUUCCAGUAUAAGGAUUUGACCAAUAGACAUGUUUGAAUUGUACACCCAGAUUGUAGUCAUCAUCCAUAUACCAUUAUACUUUGAACAGUGUAAGUGCACCAUGCAAACAAUUUGACCCAUCGUGGUCUCUCGUCUUGCCAAUUUUAGAUUAUUCAAUCUCACUUUUUCAAUUUACUUUUUACACUUGUGCAAUUAUCAGUGAGAUAAUUGUAUGUAAUUCCUCAUUCCGGCUAUGUUGUGCUUGUCAAGUCACUCAGUGUGCAUUUUUGUGGAUUGCACGCAGCUUUACCCUGCUGGGGAGCAAAUACAUCUUUGCUCAAAGUAACUACCUAACACUCUUUUGCAAUGUACUUUGGAUUAAUUACAAAGUUCAAAUGGAAGGAGUUAUGCCUGUAUUUUGUUCUGCACCAGGAGUGAAGCUAUAUGUAAGUGUGCACUUAAUAGGAUCUGUAAGUAUUUCAGGAGACUAAUCAACCACUCUUGUCUCAAACACAAUGCUAUUAAAAUGGUAGUCACAUCAAAAUGGCACAGCUUCCAAUUUAAAAUGUUUGAAGAAGUAGCUAACUGCUUUUACGAUUUGUAAUGUUCAGAACAAUGUUUCAAUAAACUCUGAACAUAUAAAAAUGCA